AGUUGGGCUGCUGGAGUGCGGCGCUACAGCGGAGCACAGGGGGAGCCGGCGGGCGGCGGGCGAGGGGGUGGCGGGGACGCGAGGGCGGCCGCGGGGCGCAGGGAAGGCGUCCGCAGGGCUGCAGCCUUCCGAGGGCCAGCGCUCGCCGAGCCCGGGGCUGGGUCCGAGCCGUGACGAGGCGGCAGCCCCGCGCGCACCAAAGAGGAGGCGGCUGUGGCGGCAGCGGCGGCCCCAGCCAUGCUGUGCUAUGUGACGAGGCCGGACGCGGUGCUGAUGGAGGUGGAGGUGGAGGCGAAAGCCAACGGCGAGGACUGCCUCAACCAGGUGUGCAGGCGAUUGGGAAUCAUAGAAGUUGAUUAUUUUGGACUGCAGUUUACGGGUAGCAAAGGUGAAAGUUUAUGGCUAAAUCUAAGAAACCGGAUCUCCCAGCAGAUGGAUGGGCUAGCCCCCUACCGGCUUAAACUGAGAGUGAAGUUCUUCGUGGAGCCUCAUCUCAUCUUACAGGAGCAGACUAGACAUAUCUUUUUCUUGCACAUCAAGGAGGCCCUCUUGGCCGGCCACCUCCUCUGUUCCCCAGAGCAGGCAGUGGAGCUCAGCGCCCUCCUGGCCCAGACCAAGUUUGGAGACUACAACCAGAACACUGCCAAGUAUCACUAUGAGGAGCUGUGUGCCAAGGAGCUCUCCAGCACCACCUUGAACAGCAUCGUUGCAAAGCAUAAGGAGUUGGAGGGGACCAGCCAGGCUUCGGCUGAAUACCAGGUUCUGCAGAUCGUGUCGGCCAUGGAGAACUACGGCAUAGAGUGGCACUCCGUGAGGGACAGCGAAGGGCAGAAGCUCCUCAUUGGGGUUGGACCGGAAGGAAUCUCAAUUUGUAAAGAUGACUUUAGCCCCAUUAAUAGGAUAGCUUAUCCUGUGGUGCAGAUGGCCACCCAGUCAGGAAAGAACGUGUACUUGACGGUCACCAAGGAGUCUGGGAACAGCAUCGUGCUCUUGUUUAAAAUGAUCAGCACCAGGGCGGCCAGCGGGCUCUACCGAGCAAUAACUGAAACACAUGCUUUCUACAGGUGUGACACAGUGACCAGUGCCGUCAUGAUGCAAUAUAGUCGCGACUUAAAGGGCCACUUGGCGUCUCUGUUUCUGAAUGAAAACAUUAACCUUGGCAAGAAGUAUGUCUUCGAUAUUAAAAGAACAUCAAAGGAGGUAUACGACCACGCCAGGAGGGCUCUGUACAAUGCCGGGGUUCUGGACCUUGUUUCAAGAAGCGACCAGAGCCCUCCAAACUCACCUCUCAAGUCGUCAGAAAGCAGCAUGAACUGCAGUAGCUGCGAGGGCCUCAGCUGCCAGCAGACCAGGGCGCUGCAGGAGAAGCUGCGCAAGCUGAAGGAGGCCAUGCUGUGCAUGGUGUGCUGCGAGGAGGAGAUCAACUCCACCUUCUGCCCCUGCGGCCACACUGUGUGCUGCGAGAGCUGCGCAGCCCAGCUGCAGUCUUGUCCAGUCUGCAGGUCACGCGUGGAGCACGUCCAGCACGUCUAUCUGCCAACUCACACCAGUCUUCUCAAUCUAACUGUAAUCUAAUCUGUUGUGCAUUUAUUGGACUUGCCAUUUUCCAUGAACUGCACUAUUAUAAACUGUACAAAUGAUUAGAUCGUGGAGAAAAUAAUUACUCCAACACCCAUCUGCCAUGCAACGUUUUGAAAAAAAAAAAAAAAGAAGAGAAAUAAGAACACAACCGCUCCUCACUGCAAAAACAUAUCCAUGCGUAGAAUCAACUCCAUUGGUGGACCCAGGAAGAGCUCUGGGACACAGACACAUUCCUUGGACUUUCAUUUUUUAUGAUCAAGUAAAGGUAAAAUCUUGAUGUCAGUUAAGUGGCAACACAGCCAAGAAAGUUGGGUACCUUUUAGGAAAUGAUGUCGUUAAGUCUCCUUAAUGUAUCCCAAGGUAAGUUUCCUACCUGCAGCAGAUUUUGUAAGAAUUAGUUUUAAGAAUUUACCUGGUUCAUUUUGUAUGAUCAUGGAGCUCCAGACAUUUUUAAUAGGAAAAUUUUUCUCAAAGAGUCGUCGUUUUAAUGUCAUUUCUGUUUGUAUAACUUGUUCAAGAAUGAUUGAAGGCAAACAGAUUUAAAAUUCAAUUCUGUGACUUUUAAAAAGUUGACAACAAUGUUGUCAGAUUUAAACCAGUCUGGCUAGGAGAAAGCAGAUCACUCAACAUGGGUGGCUUCCUGUUCCUUCUUUUCGCUCCCUCUCUCCCUCCCCUCCAAGCCUUUCGAUUAUAGAAUGCUAACAAUUUGGUCAUAAGAUCUCUGUGCAGUAGUCAAGCACUCCCCCGGCCUCUUGAGUUGGUAGAAUAUUUUAUCCAGAUCGAGAAGGGCAAGCAUUCUGCUUGGGAAGGGGAAGCAGAGCUUACUGAGAGUCGGAGCCUCACGUGUCCGAGUGAGGGUGGUUCGUCACUUCUCCCAAGCACUCGACUCCAGCCUCACCCAUCGGUGUCGCUUUGCUUGAACUAUCCAGCCUUCUACAGCCUUAUCAUACGUAUCUAGAUAUUGUAUCCUUUUUGUGUCUGCUUUUCGGGGGGUGGGGGAUUGUGUUUUUUUAAGUAAAUGCUUAAAUAUAUGGGUUGUCCCCUCUAUAUGUUUCAGAGGGGUUUUGGUUUUUGGUUUUUUUUUUUCGGUAUUCUUAAACAUGUUUCCCACUCCCACUUGGGCAUUUUGGAAGCUGGUCAGCUAGCAGGUUUUCUGGGAUGUCAGGGAACCUAGAUGACCUUAUCGGGUGCAAUACUAGCUAAGGUAAAGCUAGAAACCUACACUGUCACUUUACUGAGAUUUCUGAGUAUACUUUUCAUAUUGCCUUAAUGUAGCAGUAAUGUGUUUAUGCAUUUGUUUCUUUGCACAGACAUUUUGUCAGAUAUUAAAACUCUACUUUUUUAUGGCACAUAUUAGCAUAUAAGCCUUUAUUCCAAGAGGUAUUUAUUUUUUCACUUGUAAAAAAAUAAUGUUUCCACAUAAAUAACUCUGUUAUAUCCUAGAGGACUUGUGUCUUUUAUAUUCAGGAUAAUAAAGACUUCAGAGCAAA